AUGACUCUCAAUGGAAAAAAUGAGGAAUCUCUUUUAAAAACUUACUGUGAACUUGGAUACCGUUUAAACUGUGACAAGUAUACGAUUAAAAGAUUUGAAGAUGAAAACUGUUCUAUUACAGUCAAAGUGAAGAACCUGAGAUCGUUAGUAUCCACACGAUUAAAAUUCUGGCACAAUUGGUUGAUCAUUGUAGACAACGUGGUACAGCUCAGCAAAAUUUCUUCGUUACUUCCCCAAGUAGGUGAUCCCAAGUGGAUAAAUGGACAAAUCAUAGUAACCAUCCAGAACACAGAUGCCGUACCUCAAGACGAUGAGUUUAACAAACAUAUUUCUAUCAGAAGUGGAAUUAAUGAUAGGGAAUUUUUUCAACUGUUGAAGCAUUACACUAUUGAACAUGCUGAUGAUCAAUUGUUAAAUGAAGUAUCGCACGCAUUAGAUCGUCAACCGCUGGCUUUGGCUGCUGCAGAAAAUAAUGACAUUAGUCUACAUCGUAUUGUUCACAAUGCAAUUAUUGUUUAUCAAUCUGAACAUUCAAAUGAAGAGCAUGAAAUGGAAAGUAACGCUGAUCAAAUAUCUAAAGCACUUUACAUAUUAAGACAUUUUGGAAAAUACAACCUUGCUCUUGAACUAUUGGAUAAAUUUAAAUCAGAAGAAUCUUGUAAUGACAAAGCUUGGUUGUUUAGUAUCUUCGGUCUUUUAUACUGUGACACCGGGAAGUAUAGCAAAGCUAUAUUACAUCAUCAAAAGGCUCUGCAAACUCGAAAACAAUUGUUAGGUCCAAAGCAUGUUGAUGUUGCUGGGACUUUAAACAAUCUUGCUAAUGUGCUUGAAAAAACUGGAAACUACGACAAAGCUAUAGAGGUUCACGAAAAAGCUCUGAAUCUUGUUUUGGUGUUUAAAAACACUGGAAACUACGACAAAGCUAUAGAGGCUCACGAAAAAGCUCUGGAAUUUCGAAAACGAUCGUUAGGUCCAAAUCAUAAUGAUGUCGUUGCGUCUUUGAACAAUCUUGGUUUGGUGUUUAAAAACACUGGAAACUACGACAAAGCUAUAGAGUUUCACGAAAAAGCUCUGUCGUUAGGUACAAAUCAUGUUGAAGUGGCUACAUCUUUAAACAAUCUUGGUAAUGUGCUGAACGAAAUUGGAAACUAUGACAAAGCUCUAGAGCUGUACGAAAAAGCUCUGGAAAUUCAAAAGCAAUCGUUAGGUCCAAAUCAUCUUGAUGUCGCUAUGUCUUUAAACAAUCUUGGCAUUGUGCAUUAUGAAACUGGAAAUUACGACAAAGCUAUAGAGUUUAACGAAAAAGCUCUGGAAAUUCGAAAAAAAUCGUUAGGUCCAAAGCAUGUUGAUGUUGCCACAUCUUUGAACAAUCUUGGUAUUGUGUAUUAUGAUACUCGAAAGUACGACGAAGCCAUAGAGUUUUACGAAAAAGCUCUGGAAAUUCGAAAACAAUUGGAAACUCUAGAAAUUCGAAAACAGUCGUUAGAUCCAAAUCAUGUUGAUGUCGCUGCGUCUUUACACAAUCUUGGUGUGGUAUUUGAAAAAGUUGGAAAGUACGAGGAAGCUAAAGAGGUUCACGAAAAAGCUCUGCAAUCGUUAGGUCCAAAUCAUAUUGAUGUCGCUGCAUCUUUACACAAUCUUGGUGUGGUCAGUGAAAAAGUUGGAAAGUACAACAAAGCUAUAAAGUUUUACGAAGAAGCUCUAGAAAUUCGAAAACGAUCGUUAGGUCCAAAUCAUGUUGAUGUUGCUGUUUCUUUAAACAAUCUUGGUACGGCGUAUUCUGGUACUGGAAACUACGACAAUGCUAUAGAGUUUUACGAAAAAGCUCUGGAAAUUAAAAAACAAUUGUUAGGUCAAAAACAUGUUGAUGUCGCUGCGACUUUAAACAAUCUUGGUUUGGUGUUUGAAAUUCGACAACAAUCGUUAGGUCCAAAUCAUGUUGAUGUCGCUGCGUCUUUACACAAUCUUGGUGUGGUCUUUGAAAAAGUUGGAAAGUACGAGGAAGCUAAAGAGGUUCACAAAAAAGCUCUGCAAAUUCGACAACAAUUGUUAGGUCCAAAUCAUGUUGAUGUCGCUGCGUCUUUAAACAAUCUUGGUACGGUGUAUUAUGAUACUGGAAACUACGACAAUGCUAUAGAGUUUUACGAAAAAGCUCUGGAAAUUAAAAAACCAUCGUUAGGUCCAAAUCAUGUUGAUGUUGCUGAUUCUUUCAUCAAUCUUGGUAAUGUGUAUUAUAAUACUGGAAACUACGACAAAGCUAUAAAGUUUUACGAAGAAGAUCUAGAAAUUCUAAAACAAUCGUUAGGUCCAAAUCAUGUCGAUGUUGCUGUUACUUUAAACAAUCUUGGUUUGGUGUUUAUUGAAACUGGAAACUACGACAAAGCUAAAGAGUUUUACGAAAAAGCUCUGGAAAUUAAAAAACAAUCGUUAGGUCCAAAUCAUGUUGAUGUCGCUGCGACUUUAUACAAUCUUGGUUUGGUGUUUGAAAAAACUGGAAACUACGACAAAGCUGUAGAGCUUCACGAAAAAGCAUUAGAAAUUCGAAAACAAUCGUUAGGUCCAAAUCAUGUUGAUGUUGCUCAUUCUUUCAUCAAUCUUGGUAAUGCGUAUUAUAAUACUGGAAACUUCGACAAAGCUAUAGAGUUUUACGAAAAAGCUCUAGAAAUUCGAAAACAAUCGUUAGGUCCAAAUCAUGUUGAUGUUGCUGUUUCUUUAAACAAUCUUGGUUUGGUGUUUGAAAAAACUGGAAACUACGACAAAGCUGUAGAGCUUCACGAAAAAGCUCUAGAAAUUCGAAAACAUUCGUUAGGUCCAAAUCAUGUUGAUGUUGCUGGUUCUUUCAUCAAUCUUGGUAAUGUGUAUUAUAAUACUGGAAACUACGACAAA